CGUGGAACAGAUAUACUUCCUCUUUUUGAAUUUGCCUUGAAGUUCAGUAUUUUUGUUAUUCUUUUUUUGUUACUCUAUAAUUUAAACUUGAAAAUGCAGCAUGUUAAAUGUGUUGUUGUUGGUGAUGGCUUUGUUGGGAAAACAUGCUUGUUGAUGGUUUAUUCCAGUAAUGGUUUCGACGAAAAAUAUAUUCCAACAAUAUUCGAUAAUUAUGAAACAACUGUAAAGGUGGAUGACAUUUAUGUAGGGUUAGGAUUAUGGGAUACAGCAGGCCAAGAAACUUACGAUCGAUUCCGUCCAUUGUCAUAUCCACAAACGGAUGUAUUCCUUGCUUGUUUUUCACUAGUUUAUCGAUCAAGUUUUGAUAACAUACUUUACAAAUGGAUUCCUGAAAUAAGGCACCACUGCCCAAGAACGCCAAUUAUUUUAGUUGGCACAAAACUCGACAUUCGACAAGGACCAGGAAAUUCAAAACAUAUGGAGAAAAAUAGUCAUCCAAUAACAUUCAGUGAGGGACAAUCUUUAGCAAAACGAAUAGAUGCCGUAAAAUAUAUAGAAUGUUCUGCAAUGACUCAGGAAGGGCUUCAAUCUGUAUUUGAGGAGGCUGCAAGGGCUGCGUUAUUUGCAACUAAGCACAAACCACAACACAGAUCAUGCAUUUUGUUGUGAAAAUUACUCAGAAUUAUAUAAUAUGUUUUAAUUGUGUACAGUAUUAAAGAUACAAUUGGAAGUUUAUUACCUGAUUAAAGAACAAAACACCACAACAAGAUAGUACAAAUAUAUUGCAAUGACCUGUUUUUCUUUUGACAUGUUUCGACUAGUUUAUCUUUGUUCUCUUAAUAAUCGAUGGGUGUCUCGUGUAAAAUGAAAUCUAGGUCAAUGGACCAUCUUCCAAUUAAGGGAGUAAACCUAGGGCAAGGGAAAUUAGUUUUUAUAGAAUCAGUAAUGCAAUUGGAAAAGUCAUGCAGUUUCAACAAAAUAUUUAAAGCAUUUAUAAAAAGACAAUCUUUGCUACUUGGAAACUUAUUGAAAUAAGCUUAUCCAAACGUACAAUUGGUUUUUAAGUAAUUUCCCUUAACCUAGAACUUCUGAUAAAUGACGGACAGUAGACAUUAUUUGCUGUUGUGGGAAGUGGAAGUGGUCUGUAAUCAGACAAUCAACAUGAUCAUCUGCCGGUGACACAUUUAAACGCGAAAUAUUAGCUUUGACGCCAGAGAAAAUUUACAACUUUUCACGUUGAUCAGUAUUUCUAGAAACUUAGAUGUACGGCUUGGUAUCGUAAAAUAGGCACUGUUUCGUGUAGACGGAAAAUAUUUCACGAUUACGUUUCAAUGUUGAUAAAUAAAUAAAAUAGAAGACAUUUUUUGUAAAGUUAAUCACAAUUUUAUAAUUAAAUAUACGUCUAGCGUAAAGCCAUAAACUGAUAUAAAAAAUGUGUUUGCUUGUUUGAUUGUUUAUAUCUCUUUUCAUUCAUAGACUACUCCACAUCUUUUAUCAACAUCUUUUAUUGUAUCAACUUAUUAAACUAGAAUUAUUGUACGGCUUUUAAGGGGGCACGGUAGUAUUUCCUGGCCCAUAAGGGAUAAUGAUAGCCUUUUGAGAAUUUUCACCACUUUCUAACACUGCAAAAAAUUCUACAUAAACAGUUAACUGAAGUACUUUCAUUAUACUAUUCAGAAAUGAAUUUGAAUAUGUAUCAUGACCGUUUACUUUUUUUUAUAUCUUUAAAAACCUAAGGCCACUAGUGCUUUUAGGUCAUUUAUCAAGCAGUGAAUACAAAAUUUAAAAAAUUCUCAAAAAUUCAUUUUCACCUGUAUGUAAAAUUAUUUCAUAUUUUUCUACACCUGAUUCAUCCCUCAGUUUGGGAAAGUAUGUUCAGUUGAUACUGUAUUUUUUGUCCAAUCACACUGUUCAGUUACAUUGACUUAAGUAGGGUACACAAAAGAGCAACCUAAAUUCUGGAUGGCAAAUACUACCGUGCUACCUUCAAACCAAGGGAACAAUAGCACCAUAUAAAUCUUAUGUGACGGAUGUGAUUAGCGGUUACUUACCCUUAAUAUAAACACUCUCACAAGGUAAACAUAUAAUUUUUAUUAGAGACAUUUUUUUUGGAUAUGUUUUUUUGUAUUAAUGAGAUAUUUAUCAAAUUCCUAAUUUCUAUAAAAUUCAUACAGUCUAUAAUCAAUUAAGUUAUCAUCUGGAAUGGUUAAUAUGUACGGCAAGAACGGAACAAUAUUUACAUUAACUAAAUCACAUGAAUUAAUUUGCAGUCUACGUAUAUUUUCGGAAACUGUUACAUUUACUAGCACAUGGUCAUGCUUCAGAAACAGUAAGAAGGGAGACUUGUUGUUUCAUAGAUGUUUACCAGUCAUCUCCUUUAUUUCAUAUCCACAAAUGGAAUACUUCCCAUCUCUUUUUAUUCAUAUAGACUAAUGAUUUACUCAGCAUCUUUUAUCAACAUCUUUUAUCACAUCAACAUGAUCAACUUAUUGAACUACAACGACAGUAUGGCUUUUAAAACUAAAGGUACAACAGCACCAUUUAAAUAUUAUGUGACGGUUGUGAUGAGUUGUUAUUUCCCCUUAAUAUAUACACUCUCACAAGGUAAACAUAGAAUUUUUAUAAUAUUUUGGGUAUUUGUUUAUUCAAAUCAUUUGCAGAAAGUAAGCACUGUUAAAAGUCCGAUAUUUUGAAAAAAGUUAGUUUCCGAUAUUACCUGUCAGUGAAGUGCUUGUUCUGAAAAACCAUGGAAUAAUGACUUUUGCAAAUUAAGUGAAUUCAAAUACGAAAAAAUCAAUGUUAUGAAUGUUGAAUGCAAAUAUUGUGAACUUAUUUCCGUUGAAUUGAGUUCAAAUGUGAUGACAAUCUACAAGCUACACUAUCUGUCCAUUCCUUCGGUUAUCCCUUUUUUAGACCCAAUAAACUGUUUAUUUGUUCUGAAUUUUGUUAAAAUAUUUGCACCUGAACAACAAUCUAACAACAGGAAAAUGAUGUAUAUAACGAUAACCGCAAUAAUAAAUAUGUCUGCAAUUUAAAUAUGUGGAAUGUAUGUAGUUUGUGGUAAUAAUAAGAUUCUUUCCUUAAUGAUUGAGGAUACUUGAUAAUCAUUUUGUAAGUGCCUUGUACCAUCUAAAUUCAGGGAUAUUUAUAUGACAUGUACAUUAAAAAGAUAUAAUAGUGAAUAAGGUAUAUCUUACGCAUGGCUAAAUUAUAUGACUUCAAAAUUUAGAUUUAUUUAUUCAAAUAUUUAUUGAUCUGUAGCUAUGUGUUUGUAACCCGGAUUUGUUUUCUCUCAAUCGAUUUAUGACUUUUGAACACCGGUAUACUACUGUUGGCUUUAUUUGGUUCCUGUUUUAAUAAAAUUGAUCUCUAUCA